CAUUUUGAUGAUAUUUGAAAGAUCCUUAGACCGAAUGAUAUGUUCAUAUUAUUUUGAAUUUUUUAAAGUUCUCUUGAGCUAAUUAUCUCAUGUACUGUAAGAAUUAAGUACAAUCUUAUUUAAGUUAAAAGUAUACAAAGACAAUGGUAUUACAAAGGAAACUUCUACAAUUUAUUAAUAUUACGAAAUCAUGUCAGAAGCUCUGCGGUAUACAGAGAUAUAGCGCACAAGCGGCAUCGCAAAGUGAUAAUGAAGAGAAACGAAAAACGCAUUUUGGGUUUGAAACAGUUGAUGAAGAUGAAAAAACCAAAAAAGUUCACCAAGUAUUUGAAACAGUAGCAGAUAAAUAUGAUACAAUGAAUGAUAUGAUGUCGUUUGGGGUACAUAGAGUAUGGAAAGAUAUUUUUAUGAUGAGAUUCGCUCCUACUCCUGGAACUAAACUUUUGGACAUGGCCGGUGGAACGGGUGAUAUUACAUUUAGGUAUAUAAAUUAUUUAAGAAAUCGAGCAAACUCUGACACAGAGAAGCGUAGCAGUGUGACUGUUAGUGAUAUCAACCAGAGUAUGCUAAAUGUGGGAAAAGUUCGAGCUGAAAAACAAGGCUACUUAAAAAAUUCACCAGUGGAUGUGGAUUGGCUGUGUGCAGAUGCAGAGCAGCUACCUCUACCUGAUGAGUGUUAUAAUGCAUACACAAUUGCAUUUGGCAUUAGGAAUUGUACCCAUAUUGAUAAGGUAUUGGAAGAGGCUUACCGAGUCUUGCAGCCCGGAGGGCGUUUCAUGUGCCUAGAGUUCAGUCAGCUACCUAAUUCUACUAUGCAAUGGUUGUAUGAUCAAUACUCAUUUCAAAUGAUCCCAGUGAUGGGGCAGUUAGUGGCUGGUCAGUGGAAACCCUAUCAAUACCUUGUUGAAAGUAUACGCCAGUUCCCAGAUCAGGAAAAAUUCAAAUUGAUGAUUGAAGAGGCUGGCUUCAGACAAGUAACUUAUGAAAAUUUAACUUUCGGAGUGUGUGCUAUACAUUCAGGAUUUAAACUCUAGUGAAUUAGUUCUAUGUUAAUAGGGUUGAAUAAAACAAAUGAUAAUUUC